AUGGUUUCGCACGUGACGCUCACCAUCCUCUUCGGCUACGCAGCCGUGUUCUGGUGCCUCGAUGCCCUUUCAGAGGCCGCCAAGAUCAAGACUCCAAGGAGUGCCUUCGUCCCGCGGCUCGCCGCGGGCGCUUUGCUGCCGGCCGUGCUGACCACCUUCGGCCUCACGUCGCUGCUCCUGUUCGCCCACGUUCGCGCGCUCGGCGGUGCGAACGCGGCCACCGGUGCUGCUGCGGCGGCCCGGCGUCGACGUUUCCUGGACCGCCUCGCGAACGCGGCGCUGGCAGCGACGGCGGCGGCUCUGCUCGCGGGCGCCGUGCUGUGGCUCGGUACCGACGGCGACCUCGGCGGCGCCGACAUCAUCGGGUGGCUCUGGCUCAGCACAGAGUAA